AUGCCACGGAGAUUCUCGAUGGAGGGUCUCCCAGAGGCACUGCUUUUAGAGGUCGUCAAGAGGGUUACCAAGACAAGUGAUCGUAAUUCUCUUUGCCUCGUGUCGAAGCAGCUCUGCACCAUCGAGGCGGAGCAUAGGGAUGAUAUCCGUCUUGGCUGUGGACUCAACACUAGGACAGAAGCCUUGGUAUCGCUGUUCUCCCAGUUUCCCAAUUUGGCGAAAGUAGAGAUCAAUUAUUCUGAAUGGAAGCACAGUGACGGGGACCAGUUGAAAAACCAAGGCCUCCUUGUUCUAUCAUCUCACUGCCACUCGCUGUCCGAUCUUGCUUUAAGCUUCUGCUCAUACAUCGAUGACAUUGAUCUUCCUUAUCUAGUAGAGAGCAAAAAUUUGAGGUCCCUCAGGCUAAACCACACACCAGCAGUAACUUCUACUGGGAUUUUGCAGGUGGCGGUCGGUUGCAGGUAUCUUUCGGUUCUCCACCUUGUUGACUGCACGGCAAUAGACAAGAUGAAGUGA